AUGCUCGUCCAAUCCCUUGCCGCUCUUUUGCUCCCCGCCCUUCUGUCAACCGCUUUCCCAGUUGAUGUUGCAGGCGAUGGAGAUGUUCACGCUGAGAUAAACACCCUCGGUUACCUCAAAUGCACCGCAACAACCUCGUCUGGCAAGAGCAAGGUUAUUGGUUACGUGUCGCGCGCGCUCAACUCAUACGGCGAGUACAUCGGAGUUUCCCCGUCAAACAACAAGGACGACGUUGCUGCACGAAUGCUUGUGAGCAUCGAUCUGUCGCUAGCCGAGAAUGGGACCGCGCAGAGCUUAUUAGUCAAGAAUGCUCCCAAAAAUAACUACCCGUUCCUUGGUGGGAUCGGUGGGCAGGAGGGCAGCUCAAUCGGUAGCGAUGGAGACUACCUCCUCGUCGGUGGUACUCGUGAGACUGCCACUGGUGCUAAGCCAUCUUACUGUGGCAACACCUUCACCGAUGCGCGAAACAUCCUCCGCAAAUGCUCCAGCGCCAUCUGGCUCUUCAAUACGACCAGUGGCCUCGUAACCCCGCAAUGGGUGAAUGAUGACGGGACAGCUGUUGUUGCUAACAUCGGCUACACACAAGGAGCGUUCGUUUUCACAGGCGAUAAGAAGACGUUUGAAGAUACCUGGAACCAGGAUGUCGAUUGGAUUACCCUCUCGCUCGAUAAUUAA